AAGUACCUGUUUUAAUUUGUUUCAUAUGUCUUACCUUAACAUAGACAAAACAAAGGUCUUUAAUAUUUACUGUGCAUGAUUAACCAAUGCUUUUUCCGUGUUGUUCCCAUAAGCUUGUUUUGAUCGGCCUUUUCAUUUCUUGGGCACAACGUUGUUAAAUAUUAUAUCAUCUUGAGGGACAUCUUCCACAACUGUCUAUAAAUGCAUAAUUUUAGAGUUUCUUCCAUCCAAAGAUAAGCGUAUCAGAGUGCAAUGGAGAUCCCUUCAAAAAAGAGAGAAAGAAGUUCAAUGGAGAAUUCGGAGCAGAUAAACACUUGUGAUCUGAAUUCCGAUUUUUGUAUUCAAAUAGCAAAUCAUGCUUUGCUGGAAGAAGCUGACAAGGCCUCAAAUUUUGUGAUUUCGCCUGUAUCUUUUCAGAUUAUCUUAAGCUUGAUUGCCACUGGAGCAACCGGCCGUACCUUGGAUCAACUACUGUCUUUUCUGGGAUCCAAAAGCAUUGAUGAUCUCAACUCCUUGUCUUCCAAGGUUGUUGAGAUUACAACAAGACAAGUCGGUGAUGACAACAAUCUUGCUGCAAGUCCUCUUGUAACAAUGGUCAAUGGAGCUUGGAUUGAUAAAAGUUUUGGUCUGAAGCCUUCUUUCAAAGGAACACUAACAGAUGUUUAUAAAGCUGAAGCUAGAGCUGUCGACUUUGCAACCAGGGCUAAUGAAGUGACAGAGGAAGUAAAUAAAUGGGCUCAAGACGCAACAAAGGGACUCAUAAAAGAGCUCCUUCGCUCUGGAUGUCUAGGCACUGACACAGCUCUUGUGUUUGCUAAUGCACUUUACUUCAAAGGUGCUUGGGACCGAAAGUUUGAUUCUGAAAGAUCUAUGAAUAGAGACUUUAAGCUUUUAAAUGGCCAGAUUGUUCAAGUUCCAAGCAUGACCACCAAGAAAAGAGAACGAAAUCUUUAUCGGGAGAUUAAUGGUUAUAAAAUUCUCAAAAUCCCGUAUCAAAAUGGCGAGGACACGAGAAAAUUUUCCAUGUACUUCUUUCUUCCCCAAGAGAUCAAUGGCUUGAAAAGUAUGAUACAAACUUUUAAUUCUAUUCCUGGAUUUUUCAAUCAAGAUUUUUAUUUUAGAGAAGAGGAUCUCGGUGAUCGUAUCUGGAUUCCAAAGUUCAAGUUCUCAUUCGAGUUUGAAGCAUCAAGGAUCAUUAAAGAACUGGGACUUGUCUUACCAUUUAUGGAUGGCGCGGAAUUUACUGAAUUGGUACAUUCUCUCGAGGGUGAAAAAGUUUGUGUUUCCAGUAUUUUUCACAAAGCAUAUAUUGAAGUGAACGAGGAGGGUACAGAAGCUGCAGCCAGCACUGCUGUGAGGUUCAGAAGAUGUUGUGGAAGAGUUAAGCCUCCGGGAUUCGUAGCUGAUCACCCCUUCAUGUUCAUGAUAAGAGAAGAGACAUCUCGUAUUGUAUUUUUUACAGGUGCUGUGCUCAAUCCACUGCUGGCAACUUGAUAAAACCAAAAGCUUUUAAGUUAUUUCAAGUCAGUUGGAACUUUUUGUAAUGCGCAGUUUGAUCAUGCUAAGUUCCUAUCUGUAUUUGUUCUUGGCUAAAUGUUUCAUCUCCAACUUCAAAUUCUUUCUUGAAAA